AUUUCUCCACCUCGGCUCAGCAUCACCAGCGGAAUGCGACGAAGCAGCUUCAACAACUCUAUCCUCUUCGAUGCUCGGGGCACAGUUUUGGAAAACCAUGAACAACAAACUUAUGCCGUCGCAGCAUGCGGACCUGACGGCCGCAUCCAACUUGAAUUCGCUGAAGGCGUCGCCGAUAUCCACCAAUCUGCGCAUACCGGCGAUAUUAACUGCCACACACACACACAACAGCUCGUCGACAAUGCCGACACAUAUAUACCUAAUGCCGUCGCCGUCAGCAGGGCCAGCAUUCAACGCCCGCCGGUCAUGCGCAUCUGUAUCAUCAUUGUCGGAACAAGAGGAGACGUCCAGCCAUUUCUUGCCAUCGCGCAACGACUGCAACAGGACGGACACCGCGUGCGACUCGCCACACACGCCGUCUAUAGAGACUUCGUCAUGAGUCACGGCGUCGAGUUCUACCCGCUGGGCGGCGACCCGAAGGAGCUGGCCGCCUAUAUGGUCAAGACAGGAGGACACCUCAUUCCCACCAAGAUCGAGACGCUCACCAAGGACGUGCCGCGCAAUAAGGAGAUGAUCAAAGAGAUCGUACAUUCCACGUGGCCGGCCGUCUCGGCCCCCGACCCGGACGGAGGCGGCGCAGGUGUACCGGGUAAGCCGUUCCAGGCGCAAGCCAUUAUCGCAAACCCCGUCUCCUACGGACACAUCCACGUCGCCGAGCGUCUAGGCGUGCCGCUGCACAUCAUGUUUCCACAGCCGUGGGUGCCCACCAUGGCCUUCCCACACCCGCUCGCCAACAUGCCCUACACGGAUGAGCUCAAGAAGACCAACUACCUGUCGUACAAGAUGGUGGAUCUGCUCAUGUGGCAGGGAACCGAGGGCCUCAUCAACGACUUCCGCACCAAGGUGCUCAAACUGCGCAAGAUCCGCAACGGCGACGGCGGCCGAGACCUUCUACUGGACCUCCACAUUCCGCACGCCUUCAUGUGGAGCCCGGAGCUCGUGCCCAAACCGGCAGACUGGGGAGACCUCUACGACGUCAUCGGCACCGUGACUCUGAACGGCGGAUCCAAUAGCUCUUACACACCGUCGUCAGAGCUGGAGACGUUCCUGGGCAGAGACGGUGGCCCGAUCUUCGUCGGCUUCGGGUCCAUGGUGCUGGCCGAUCCGCUGGCCACCACCAAGAUGAUCGUCGAGGCGGCACAGCAAGCGGGUGUACGUGUGCUCAUCCAGUCCAGUUGGAGUGAUAUGGCCGGCGACCUUGACAUCCCGGACAACGUCUUCUUCAUCGGCAACUGUCCGCACGACUGGCUCAUGCCACGGGUGUGUGCGGUGGUACAUCACGGCGGCGCCGGCACGACGGCUGCAGGUCUGCUCGCCGGCAAACCCACUUUCAUCGUGCCGUUCUUCGGAGAUCAGCCGUUCUGGGGCCACGCAGUGGUGAAGGCUGGUGUGGGUGUCAAGCCCUGUCCAAUCGCGCAGUUGACGACGGAGAAGCUGCGCGAGGCGUUCGUGGGGCUCAUGGAUCCGGCACUGCGCGCUCGAGCACUGAACCUGCGAGAUGUCAUGCGCCGCGAAGACGGAGCUGGUGAGGCGGUACGCAGCUUCUAUCGACACCUGCCGACGCAGGAAAUGUUCUGUGACCUGGAUCACGAACGGAUUGCCACUCGCUGGAGCGUUCGUGAUCGUCUGAAGUUAUGCGAUCGUUGCGCAUUCAUCGUGAGUGAGCGUCCUGGUAACGCGAGCAAGAAGAUGGUGAGUUAUCACUGCGUGGACUACACGGCACGAGGCCCGGACUCGACUCUUGCAGGUGCUUCAUCUGGCACGGGUGCGUUUUUUCAUGAGUUCGCUGGCGCAUAUACCGGUCUGGUGCGAGAACCUGUAAAAGGUUACUCAAAGAACGGCGUGGCAGGUGGAGCUAUUGGUACAUUGAAGGGUGUCGGUGGUUUCCUCGUGCGCCCGACACUCGGACUUGUACAUUUUACUGAUCGUGUUGUCACGGGCCACAUCAAUGCGCACCGAGAAGAAGGCGAACAAAAGCACUCGAGUAUACUUGAUCGUCGCUUCAUGUCUGUCAUCGGCGUACAGAGAGGGUUGGCAAACAGCCAUACCCCGUCGACGGAGGCUAACUGUGUUGACAGCGUGAUCUUCGCCAGCCAGAAGAAGCGCAAGAAAAUGCUCCACAGCAUUAAUAACCAGGCGGGCAAGUAUCGUGCGAGAUAUCAAGCUGCGUUGAACCUUCGGAGAGAGCAGAGUGCUCGGCUGACCGGGGACAACCCAUUAUUCCCAGGUAGCUCAAAAAGUCCGAAGCAUCCGUCGUGUACACAGACUUCUCUUUGGCACAACCAACCUGGUAUCAAACUGUGCAAGGCUCGACUCACAUCGCAUGGGUCAGUCGAUGUGGAAUCCCGCGUCCCAAACAUUGAGGACGACUUCAUUGACAAAGACAGUAUUGCUCAGUGGAGAGAAUUCGCAGCGUUCCAGCACGGCAAGGCGCUGCAAGCACAACGAACAAAUUCGAACAUCAGACCACUCGUUCCAUCCAUGAACAUUUGUUUGGCUGCCAUUGGCACGUGGGAUAACGGCAUCAAGCAGUUCGCUACUAUCGGAUUGAAACUUGCCGCGCACGGCCACCGGGUGCGUCUGGCUGCUAAUGAGUGCUUCCGACCCAAGAUCGUCGCACUUGGGCUUGAGUUCUAUCCGCUGGCUGGUGCACCCGACAGCGUACAAGACUGUGCGCAAUUGAUCUACAACGCCCAGCUCAACACUGAAGCAGGUCGAUCAGGCUUCGGAGCACUUCAAGCCUUUCGCGAACUUAUCUACUCGCUCUGGCCUGCCGCGUACGGAUCAGAUCCACACGGCAGUGGCCCCAACAAACCUGGCGAGCACUUCCGUGCCGACGCAUUGCUGUGGCACCCGAUGCUGCUCGGACACAUACAUGUGGCACAGCGUCUUGGUAUCCCGUUGCAAUGUGCCAGCCUCGAUCCACUGUCUCCCACCUUCGAGUUCCCGCACGUGCUGAGCUCACUGGCAGGGCGUGAGGCAGCAGCAAUGAUGACUCCUCGAUACAGCAACUUGCUGUCGCAUGGUGUCGUCGAUGCAGCCUUGAAUCACGGCAGCGUAGCCGAUGUUCUGACCCAAUUCCGCUCGUUCAUCGGACUCACGAGCGGUUUGGACCGACCGAACCCGCUCGUCCAGUGGGAAGUGCCGCACAUGUACUUGUACAAUCCGGUCAUGCUUCCGAAGCCUCUGGACUGGGGUGAGGAACUCUCCGUGACUGGACACGUGACGUUGCAAGACGGUCUAGAAAUUCAAGAGAUACCGCGAGCGUUGACCGAGUUCGCGUCCUCGAGUAGUAACGAGCCGGUCAUCUACUUCGGUGUGUCUACGCGCGACUUGCCGUUCGGUGCGUUUGAGGAUCUGGUGCGGAAAAUUGAGCUGGCUGCUCAACAGCUUCGCAUGCGUAUCAUCGUUCAAGAUCAAGAGGUAGGUAGCACAGCUCGCUCUCCGUAUCGGUCCGAGUUUGUCUAUCUCGUGGAUACAGACCUGCCGUACGCGCAGCUAUUCGCUCAUGUGACUGCUACGAUUCACUGGGGUGAGCCCGACGUUUUGGCUGAAGGGCUCAUGGCCGGUAAGCCUGUUGCCGUCUGCGGAUCACACCCGUCACAGCUCUUUAUCGCUCGCCUGUGCCAGCGCGUUGGCGUGGGAAUCGCGCCGAUCGACCCGACAACCUGUACAAUUGAGUCUCUGCUGUCGAGUUUCCAGCAACUGCUUCAACCAGUCAUCCGAACCAACGCGCAGGGCCUGGUACGCUCGUUCGACCCGGACCGGGCCGUCGACGUUGCUGUGGACUCCUUCUACUCCCAUCUGCCGCUGGAAGCGAUGGUAUGUGACGUCGAUCCAAGGAAACUCGCUCGCGUCUUCGACUCGCAGCACACAGUCAAGUUGUCACUCGAAGCGUAUUUGGCGGUGCAACCUGUUCGAGACGAGAGCAAGGGAUUUGUGCCAUACAAACCGCUGCACUACGAUGGCUUCUGUCCACCAGUAUUCUCGAUUUGCGGCAAUCCAGGCGAAAUUCCACGCGACGUGAAGCCGUCUCGCAAAUUGGACGCCAUUGGAAUGGCACUCGAGGUGCUCAACGCGCAGGACGAACGUCGCUCCAGUGAACUGAGCCAGCAUUCAUCGGACUCCUCCUCCGGAAGUAUCGUGGCCCAAGUAGUGGACACAGAGGUGUUCUGGUCUUCGACGGAGCAGGAAGAAGCCGUUCGAAAGGCGACAAACGUAGCCUAUGAGCGUCUUGUGAAGCCGGAUGGCUUGCGAAAGCGUGACAAACUCGCUCACAUGUUCAGUGGUAAACCGAAGACAGGAGAGCUACAAGCCGUAGGGUGAUUCACCAAGGCGAAAGCAAAUCAAUAAUAAACGUAGCACUUGGCUGGAUAAUCAAUCAAAAUGGUAUACAGGUACCCGUUCAACCGCC